AUGACGAGCAGGAGAGAACAAAAACAUGAGCAUGGUCUUCAGUCGUCUUCAGUUAAAUUUCAUACAUUAAAGGAGUCGAACGGAAAGUUUUCCACCGAAGAACUGAGGGUGGAGAUUGUGAGCGAGCAAGAAAGUUUCGAGCAGUCCAUUAGGUCGAGUGAAGUCGUUUGUUUAAAAAAAAAAGAAAGAAAGAAAGGCAGAGAAGAACGUGAAAACGCUGUCAAAGAUAAAACGAUGAGACUAAAUGUGCACAAGUGUGAUGAAGAGUUGAUUGUUGUUUCCGAAAAACGCAGAGAAUAA